CAGAGGGUGAUCAUGUGAGCAUGCUAUUCACCUGCUGCUGGAACAGGUCCAUGCCUCCUGGCGUACUGGUGCAUUGGUAGCCACACUGCUUACCCUGGAUGUCAGCAGCGCAUUCGACAACGCUGCACAUAAACGCUUGAUCCAUAACCUCCAAAAAUGAGGGAUCCCAGGCAGUGCUGUCAACUGGAUAGCAAGCUUCCUAUGCCACCACAGCACAGAUAUUGUACUAAUGGAGGGUGCAACAGGCCAGUUUACCACAGAUACAGGCAUACCCCAAGGCUCACCCCUCUCUCCAAUACUCUACCUGUUCUACAACGCAGAUCUAAUCGACCAAAUACAUGAGGCUUACCCUGGAAGAGCAAUGGUCACCGGCUACAUUGACAAUAUAUGUAUACUUGUCUGGAGCCGGGCUGCUGCAGCUAAUUGUCAACAUCUUGAGCAAAUACACAG